AAUAAGAGUUACCGUUUUCUAAAACGUUCAGUUUUGUAUAAAUAAAGUAUAGAUAAACUUUUCGUCGAAUUGCACUAUAUGCAUAAUGAUUCAUUUUUCCUUAUACAACGCAAUGGGGAAAACCAAUGUACGAAUUUCUAGGAAGAUUACGGUGUUCAAGAUUUGCAUAAUGUGGCUUUGUUCACAAGUGGCACAGUUAGACUUAGAAUUUUUACGAAGCUAAAUAACGAACUUUGUAAAGAUAUAAAUUAAAAACUACUUUGAUAAAGCAGAUAAGAGUACGUAUAUAUCUGUUAAUUAGUCUAGUGAAAUACCGUACAAGCAUUUUUUUCCUCAUCCGAAAUAAGUAAAAAUGAAAAGAAUGUGGAAAACCUAUGGACGAAUCGUCAUACUGGCGAUACUGUUCACAACCGCUUAUUCAAAGAAACAUGACGAAGACACUGCAACGGCUAACAGUAAAUCUGGAUCAUCGACGGAAAAUACCACGGACUAUCGUUUGUCUGGCGAUGUAGUACCCUUGGAGUAUUUCAUCCAUCUAAAACCUAAUAUCUCACUGACGAAUUCGACUUUUACUGGAACUGUUGGAAUCCCUGCCAUUGUUAAGAAAACCACUUCGGAGAUUGUUCUUCAUGCAGAAGCUAUCGAAAUAGACAAUGUCUCUGUAUUCUGUAUAAACAAACGAACUGGUGCCUCGAAAAAACUGAACGUUUUAAACGUUACUAAAAUCGAGCAAUACCAGUUUCUUAAUAUUCGCAUUCACUCACUGAUAGCUCGUGGAACACAUAUUAGAAUUGAAAUGUCUUACAAUGGUCCAAUUUAUGACAACGUUUCCCUCGGAUUAUUCAAGAGUGCAUACAAAGUCAAAAAUGAAACUAGAUACAUGCUCGCAACUCACGUGGCGCCAACUAUUGCCAGGAUGGUAUUCCCUUGUUUUGAUGAGCCUUCGUUUAAGGCAUUCUUCCACUUAAGCGUGGAUGUUCCUCAAAACUACAAUGCUAUUAGUAAUAUGCCAGUUAAGAGAAUAACAAAUAAGAGAACAUUCGAAUUUGAAAGGACACCGCCGAUGUCGACUUACUUAUUUGCUUUAGUAGUGAGCGAGUUUCAAAGUUUAUCCAACAACAAUGGAUCGCACGUUUUCAAAGCUUGGUCAAAUCCUGAUCGUGUUGAUCAGCUUUCAUAUCCUCUGUCUGUAUUAACGAAAGCGAUAGAAUUCUUUGAAACUCAUUUGAAAGUGCCGUAUGCACUGCCUAAACUCGACAUAGUUGCUAUACCAGACUAUAUCGCUGUUGCGAUGGAAAAUUGGGGUUUAUGUCAUUAUCGUGAGUCUUGGAUGCUUUACGAUCCCGAAGUCACGUCGAUCACGCGUAAAAGAAUCAUUCGCAACGCUGUGACUCACGAGCUUUCGCAUCAAUGGUUUGGUAACCUUGUGACUCCGCAACGCUGGGAUGUGCUGUGGCUCAGCGAAGCCUUUGGAGCUUAUUUUGAGUCGCAUGCUUACGAAGAUGCUUUAGCUCCAUGGAAUUUAGACGGGCAAUUCGUUGUAAACGAAAUGCAACCAUCUUUUGAAGGCGAUGCAAAAUUGAGCACACCAAGUGUAGUGCGCCCUGUUUAUAGCUCAGAUGAAAUCAUAGCGAUAUUUGAUGAGGUAGUAUACAUCAAAGGCGCAAGUUUGGUGAGAAUGCUCGAAAAAGUUUUAGGACAAGAAAUGUUCUAUGGUGCUCUACGUAGAUACCUCGUGAACAACAAGUUUUCUUCUGGAACGCCUGAAAAAAUGCAUUGUGCUAUUGAAGAGGAACUCAAAUAUAAUAAUUAUAAAUUGGGAACUACGGCAGCUGAAUUGUUAAGCAGUUGGACGUUACAACCAGGUUUUCCCGUUGUAGAUGUUCAUUUUACUGGAGACGUUGCGACAUUAAAGCAGAAACGAUUUUUAAUAAAAUCGACCGAGAAUACGACUGAAGAAUCAACGUGGGUUAUUCCCAUAAAUUGGGCUACAAAAAGUCAUCCCGAUUUCAGUGACACGACAAAGAUUAAUUGGCUAACGAAAAAUCAGACGACUGUCAGAAUAAACAAUGCUAGUAAAGAUUGGGUAGUCAUUAAUAUUCAACGAACUGGUUACUAUAGAGUCAAUUACGGUGUCAAAAUGUGGAAACGUAUUAUAAAAGCAUUGAAAUCAACAGACUACCAGACUAUCCAUGAAAUCAACCGUGCUUCUGUAAUCGACGAUCUUUUUAAUUUAGCAAGAGUUGGUGCUGUUGAAUACGAUUUGGUAUUAUCAGGAACACAAUAUCUCGCUCAGGAAACUAAUUUUAUACCGUGGCAAGCUGCACUUAAAGGUUUCAACUAUUUGAAAAAACGUCUCACAGGUCACCCCGAAAUUUACAAUCAGUUUAAGAGCCACGUACUAUCGUUGAUUGAACCAAUUUACCAAAAACUAGGGUUUGAUGAUAUUAAAGGUGAAAGCCUCCUUGAUGCACAUUUAAGAGAAUUAAUCCUUCAAUGGUCAUGUACACUGGACAAUAACAAAUGUGUCAAUGAAUCCUUGAACAGGUUCCAAAAACUACAGCAAAACAGCAGUUAUAGAGUGCCACCUAAUCAGCAGAGUAUAGUUUACUGUAUGGCAGUGAAACACGGUUCAUCUAGAAUCUGGGAUUAUUUGUGGCAGAAAUUUGAAAAAUCAAACAGUGGUGCCGAACAGUUAACAAUUUUAUCUGCUCUAGCGUGUUCUGAAAAUCCCACCGAUUUAGAAAGACUCUUAUUAAAAGCGAUUGAUCUGAAUAGCGGCAUUAGAAAACAUGACAUAGACAAUGUAUUUGAAUAUAUCAUUGAGGCAAGUACUAUUGGAGUUCAAGCAGCUAUGGAUUUCAUUGGAAAUCACUACACAGAGCUACAAGAAUACAUUACUGAUGAAAGUUCAGCCUUUAUUGCUCUGGAUAAAAUAGCUGGCUAUUUACCGACGGAAGACCUUGUCAAAAAGUUCGAUAAAUUCAUACAAUAUAAUAAAGAGAAGUUGGUCAAUAUUAUUGAAGAAGUGCAAGGAUUCUUAGAAAAUUCUAUUUACGAAUUGAACUGGUAUAAAAAAUAUGCUCCUAAGAUAAGUAAGCCCCUGACAAAUAUCCAGAGUUCAUAAAAUUAACAAUUUCCAAAUCUCAGUCAAACAAAUAAAUAUUUUUUACUAUAUUUA